UCUUUCAUUUUCUUUCGGUUCUUUUUCGUGCUUAGCGCCGGGGAGGCGGGCCUGACGAGCAGCCAUGGGGGCGUACAAGUACAUGCAAGAGCUGUGGCGCAAGAAGCAGUCGGACGUGAUGCGAUUCUUGCUGCGACUGCGCUGCUGGCACUACCGCCAGCUCAACACCUGUCACCGGGCACCCCGUCCCACCAGGCCCGACAAGGCACGUCGCCUGGGAUACCGGGCCAAGCAGGGUUACGUGAUCUACCGCAUCCGGGUGCGUCGUGGUGGCCGCAAGAAGCAGGUGCCCAAGGGCUGCACCUAUGGCAAGCCCAAGAACCACGGUGUCAACAGCCUGAAGCCCGUGCGCAACCACCAGUCUAUCGCCGAGGAGCGAGUCGGCCGUCGGUGCAAGGCACUGCGCGUGCUCAACUCGUACUGGGUGGCUCAGGACUCCACCUUCAAGUACUACGAGGUGAUCCUGGUGGAUCCCUUCCACAAGGCCAUCAGGCGCGACCCCAAGGCCAACUGGAUCUGCCAGGCCGUGCACAAGCACCGCGAGCUGCGUGGCCUCACCUCUGCCGGUCGCAAGUCGCGUGGCUUGGGCAAGGGUCACCGUUACACCAAGACCGUGGGUGGCUCGAGGCGUGCCUGCUGGAAGCGCGAAACACAGCUGCAGCUGCAUCGCAAGCGUUGA